AAAAAACACAAUGCUCUAUAAAAAUCUGAAAGAAAAGGAAGAACUACCAUCAGAUCCUUCAUAGCAUUCUCUUAGCGAGCCUCACCAUGGUAGCCAUGAGUCCCGUGUUUUGUUUCGGGAUCUUUGGUCUCCUUUGUGCCAACUAUGUCUCCUCUUCCUGUAUCACAGAGGAUAAUGAAAACAAAGGCUUGAAAGAGACGUCUUGUGUUCGACUUGCCUUAACCAACAUCCCAAAGAAGGAGAUACCCCAAGAUACCGGCAUUCUUAUCAUGAGUUUUAAUAACCUGAAGGCCAUCUCCACCUCGACCUUCAAAGGGAUGAAACGGCUGGUGGAGCUGGACUUAUCACACAAUGCUUUGACUAGCUUUAAGGUGGACCUUCCGAUCAUGUUACAAGAAUUAAAUCUGGACAAUAACUCAUUCAAGAGUAUCCCAGAUCUGUCCCAACUGUCCAGCUUAACCAAGCUAGUCCUGUCCAACAAUCACAUUUCCACCAUCCCUGACUCGGCAUUCAAGGGACUGAAUAACCUGAAGGUGUUGAAGCUCCAGAAAAAUACCAUCAACUCGCUUUCAGAAGAGGUUUUUCAUGACUUGAAAAGUUUAGACCAUCUGGAUUUAUCGCACAAUCAGCUGUGGGAACUUCCAAACCAUCUCAUCCUCAACCUUGUCCAUCUCACAAAAUUUUCCUUGGCAGAAAACAAACUGACAAACAUUCCAGACGAAUUCUUUGAUGGCCUGAAUUCUCUUGCUUAUGUGUAUCUUGACAAGAACCCGUGGAACUGCAACUGUGCCCUCCGCUAUUUUAAGGAAUGGGUGGAAGAUAAUGGGUAUAAUAUCUAUACUAUACUGCCUGAUGGAUUUCCAAUUAAUGACGAGAAAAGUGUUCUCUGCUCUGACAAGACCCCACUUAUUGAACAUAAUAUGGAUGCAUGUAUUGGUAGGGACCUUGGUGAUGCCGACCAACAUAUAACAGAACCAUGGAUAACGACAACGAAGUCUACAAGAGUCCCUUUGGCAAAAACUACACCUGUGCUGACCACAGAAAAGCAUCCAACGUCAGAUACUACAACUACAAAAAGCAGAAGAUUGACAAAACCAAUCAUGACUUCAACAAAACAGCCAGAGACAACUCCAACAGCCGACUUUAGCCCCACCAAGGUUGCCACGAGCUCUGUGUUUUGUUUCUGGAUCUUUGGUAUCCUUUAUGGCAACCGUGUCUCCUCUUCCUGUAUCACAGAGGGUAAUAAAAGUAAAGGCAUGAAAGAGACGUCUUGUGUUCGACUUGCCUUAACCAGCAUCCCCAUAAAGAAGAUACCCCAAGAUACUGGCAUUCUUACCCUGAGUUUUAAUAACCUGAAGGCCAUCUCCACCUCGACCUUCAAAGGGAUGAAACGGCUGGUGGAGCUGGACUUAUCACACAAUGCUUUGACUAGCUUUAAGGUGGACCUUCCAAUUAUGUUACAAGAAUUAAAUCUGGACAAUAACUCAUUCAAGAGUAUCCCAGAUCUGUCCCAACUGUCCAGCUUAACCAGGCUGGUUCUGUCCAACAAUCACAUUUCCACCAUUCCUGACUCGGCAUUCAAAGGACUGAAUAACCUGAAGGUGUUGGAGCUCCAGAAAAAUACCAUCAACUCGCUUUCAGACAAGGUUUUUUAUGACUUGAAAAGCUUAGACCUUCUGGAUUUAUCGAACAAUCAGCUGUGGGAACUUCCAAACCAUCUCAUCCUCAACCUCGUCCAUCUCACAAAAUUUUCCUUGGCAGGAAACAUACUGACAAACAUUCCAGACAAUUUCUUUGAUGGCCCGAAUUCUCUUGCUUAUGUGUAUCUUGACAAGAACCCGUGGAACUGCAACUGUGCCCUCCACUAUUUUAAGGAAUGGGUGGAAGAUAAUGGGCAUAAUGUCUAUACUAUACUGCCUGAUGGAUCUCCAUUUAACGAUGAGAAAAGUGUACUCUGCUCUGACAAGACCCCACUUAUUGAAUAUAAUAUGGAUGCAUGUCUUGGUAGUGACCAUGGUGACCUUGGUGAUGUGGACCAACAUAUAAUGACACCAAAAAGUAAAGUCACACAAGCGCUGCCAACCACUGCCAAGACAACAGAACCAUGGAUAACGACAAUGAAGACCACAAUGGUGACGUUCGCAAAAACGACACCUGUGCUGACCACUGAGGAGCAUCCAACAUCAGUUGCUACAACUACAAAAAGCAGAAGAAUGACAACACCAAUCACGACUUCAACAAAACAGUCAGAGACAACUCCAACAGGCAUGCCAACUUGGACAACAAGAAAAGUUACCACAAAAACAUAUAAGACUACUUUGAUGACAACUGCUGAACAAAGGAGAACGACUCCACAAACCACAGAAGUGCCAACAUCUAUUUCUUCAACGACCACUUUGCACCCAACUUCUACUCUUGCCACCACAGUGAAGGUGGAACCCAGUACAAUGCUAACCACCUCCACUGUGUCACCACAAAAACAUCUUACAGAAACAUCGCUGAUGUCUACUGAGAAUCAGUUAUUAUACACCAUGCCACCAGCAGAAAAUUCCCGAGCAGAAGCCCACGGCAUGUCAUGGCUGAAGUACAAGAUUCUCAAAAACUGCUGCUUCCUCCACCUUGUCAUCUAUAUUUUCGGUAUACUUCUACUUAUAGCCCAGAUGAUCCUAUCAGCAUGCCUGUUGGUUUAUACCCAUACACAUCUCUAUAGGCAUUAUCAGGCCCUCACGGAGAAAUUACCAAACAUACGGCUGAUCCGGUACAGCCUGCGAGCCCCAGUGAGUGAGGGUACAAUACUGCUUGUUCACGAUAAGGUUAUGGAAUCCAACUUCAGUGACCAGUCAUUCUCUGGGGUGACGAGAAUGUUGGUGCUGGAGGCCAAUACCAGGGACCAAGCAAGAUUAUACACCUCGGCCAUUCUGUAGUGAUUGGAGUAUACUAUGCUGUAUUAUAGCAAAAGGUUUAUAUAUGCUGAAAACACAACUACUUAUUAAAAAUGUUACCUCACAUGAACGCA